GAGAUACACAAGUUAUCUGGGAGGCAGCCGAAGGGCCGGUGAUCAUCUUUUCUGCACCCGCCGCGGACCCCUCCAUCCCUCCUGUAUGGUGGAUAUUAUUUUCAGCUCUUCUUUCUUGGGUGAUAUGGGGGAUCAUUCCAAAAAGAAACCAGGAUUCGCCAUGUGUGUAGGCUGCGGGAGUCAGAUCCACGACCAGUACAUCCUGAGAGUUUCCCCCGACCUGGAGUGGCACGCAGCCUGCCUGAAGUGCGCGGAGUGCAGCCAGUAUCUGGACGAGACGUGCACUUGUUUCGUCCGGGACGGAAAAACCUACUGCAAGAGAGAUUAUGUAAGGCUGUUUGGCAUCAAAUGCGCCAAAUGCAACCUGGUGUUCAGCAGCAGCGACUUCGUGAUGAGAGCUCGGAAUAAUGUGUACCACAUCGAGUGCUUCCGGUGCUCGGUGUGCAGCCGGCAGCUGCUGCAGGGCGACGAGUUCUCCCUGCGGGAAGAGGAGCUGCUGUGCCGGGCAGACCACUGCCUGCUGCUGGAGAGGAGCUCCGCGGGGAGCCCCGGGAGCCCCGGACACGUGCACCCCAACAGAGCGCUGCACCUGGCAGACCCCGUGACGGUGCGGCAGGCCCCGCACCGGAACCACGUGCACAAACAGUCGGAGAAGACGACGCGGGUCCGGACGGUGCUGAACGAGAAGCAGCUGCACACCCUGCGGACCUGCUACAACGCCAACCCGAGGCCGGACGCGCUCAUGAAGGAGCAGCUGGUGGAGAUGACGGGCCUGAGCCCCCGCGUGAUCCGGGUCUGGUUCCAGAACAAGCGCUGCAAGGACAAGAAGAAGUCCAUCCUGAUGAAGCAGCUCCAGCAGCAGCAGCACAGUGAUAAGACUAACCUCCAAGGACUCACGGGGACGCCUCUUGUGGCCGGAAGUCCCAUCCGACAUGAGAGCACGGUGCAGGGGAACCCCGUGGAGGUCCAGACCUACCAGCCCCCCUGGAAAGCUCUGAGUGAGUUCGCGCUGCAGAGCGACCUGGACCAGCCAGCUUUCCAACAACUGGUGUCUUUCUCUGAAUCGGGCUCUCUGGGGAACUCCUCGGGCAGCGACGUGACUUCCUUGUCCUCUCAGUUACCGGACACCCCGAACAGUAUGGUCCCCAGCCCGGUGGAGACGUGAGAACCGUCAUGGUGGUGGUGGUGCAGCCUCCCUCCAUACCCCCCUCCAUACACACACACACUUCCCUCCCAUCUUCUUCCAACGUCACCCAGCUGCAGCUUUUUUUUUAAUUUUUAUUUUUCUGCAAGGACAGUUUGCAGCAUGAGCCCCCUCCUCCUCUCUCCUUCAGCCUCCCUGCAUGUAUCAGCUCAUCACUUCCAAGAGGAGAGACUUUUGUUUUUUUUAAACUUCAUGGAGGAGGAGAAGGAACAAAACGAUUUUAUUUUAUUUUUUUAACAUUUUUGGUGAGAGCAAGAACAAAACUGAGCAGAACAAUUGAUGCAUGACUUCACGAGGAGAACAGCGAUGUACAGAAGACCUCCAGUCCAGAUGGAUUUACUGCAAGCCUCUCCUCAG